AUGGUGGAUAAGAAAGCAAUUUUGGCAAUUGUAGGAGUACCUGCUACCCAACGUUAUGACACUUAUUUGGGCCUCCCAGCUUUGGUGGGAAAAUCACGCACAGCAGCUUUCAAGGGCAUUCUAGAUCCGGCGGUAAUUCAGGCAAUUCCGUCUUACUGUAUGGGUAUUUUUCUAUUGCCAAAUGACCUUUGUUCGGAUAUCAAUUCUCAAAUGCGAAAAUUUUGGUGGGGUCACCAAGAAAAUGGGACUCGAAUUAAUUGGAUGAGUUGGGGGAAGAUGGGUAUGGCCAAAGCUUCAGGUGGAAUGGGCUUUCGGAAUCUCAAUCUUUUUAAUAGGGCCCUAUUAGCGAAACAAAGCUGGAGACUAUGGAAGGAACCGGAGAGCUUAGUUGUGAAGAUCAUGAAAGCGAAGUAUUAUCCGGAUGGAUCUAUCCUAGAUGCCAAGGUGGGUGCAAAGCCAUCCUUUGCAUGGAGGAGUAUACAUAGCUCUUGUGAUGUGUUAAAGGAGGAUCUAUUUUGGCGUAUUGGGAAUGGAGCUACUGUUUGA